CUGAUACAAUCCAUACACUCACUAUGGCAUUUCAGGUGUGUAAGUUGCCCGUUCUCUGCCUCCUGUUCUGUUACUGGAGCUCGACAUCAACAGUGACCGGAUUUACUACUGAACAACUAAAAAGGGUAACGGAUUAUGUCAGCCAGACAUACAGUAUUACUGGAGAGUACGCCUAUGUGAUUAAGUUUGAUAAAACUGAAUGUAACCAACUGACUGAUCAAAAUAUAGCGGAUGCUUUGGAAAAAGAUACAGUGGAUGAUAUAACAAAGUCACUCAGCAGUGAAAGUCAGAUAUACGAAGGAACACGGAUGGUAAUAUCAUUACAUAAAGACCUGGGUAACUAUGUAAAGGAGCACGCCGCAUAUCGACUUCUAUAUCCAACUUCUGGGUCAAAAAAAUCGCCAUUGGAAAAUCUAAUGAAAAAAUCACCCGGUGCUGGAUGUGCAAUAUUCUUCAGUUUAAACUCACCGUGUCAAGCGUAUUGUACCAAACCCAAUCGGCGAUAUCAUAUUGUACAAAAACUACGCCAGUUUAAUAGCAUCAAAAAGAACAUUAACAAAGCAUUUGUUUUCAAGGAGCUUUACAAUGAGCCAAACUUUCAAGUUUGCUGUCCUGAGAAACGCUUGAAAGCAAUUGAUAAGAAAAUGCCCCUGUAUCGCUGUGACGAUGACUGCUUUCUAUGCUUUCCAAAUGGCGUCUUUAAUCAUAAAUGUAUGGCUUAAUCCAG